UUGAAGGUAGCAGAGUGAUCCUGAGCGUGUGUACCGCGCUGUGUAUACCUCUCUUCUAUCCCGUAGAGCAACCUCGUGCAAUCUGAGACGUGGAGCCGCCUUUCUCUCUACCGCUGAGAGCUGUGGAUUAUCAAUAUUACUCGAACAGCUACUUAUUCACAUUUAGAAAACAUAUCUUACUGGGCGAUCGUCCCUGCAUGCAACUGGUCGUAAAUGCAUUUCAGUUUUCAAAUAGAUAUAUACUAUUUGCAAAUUGUUAUGGGGGUUUUGAUCAAAUCCAUUGUUCUAAGAUUUUUUUUAAACAGCAUUUUUGUCUAAUUAUCAUAAAGUAGGCAGCAAUUCAUAGGCUACUUUUUUGUAAUAUAGCCUAUGUGCAUACUGUAAAUUAUUACACGUAGUAAUUGGCAUUGCACAUCCACAGCGAAAUUACUUUCGUGGUAAACUUUUUUUUAAUCAGAAAACAUUUUAUGCAGUUGGUCAAUUCCUUCGCUCGUCCCUGAAAAUGGAUCUAUUUGUAACGCCUGUGAAUGGGGUUUCUUUCCCCGUAGCUGAUGAGAUCCAAACACCUGAAGACCCAUUUUCUGGUCCACUCAAAUCGAUCGCGCCCUGGAACUACACGUUUCUGGCGUGCUUAAUGUUCGUCGUCACCUCUUUGUCACUGUCUGAAAAUUUCACAGUUAUGCUAGUGACUUUACGGUUCAAACAGCUGCGACAACCUCUUAAUUACAUUAUCGUCAACCUGUCUGUGGCGGACUUCUUAGUCUCUCUAAUCGGCGGAACCAUAAGUUUUCUCACCAAUGCUUACGGGUAUUUUUUUCUAGGAAACUGGGCUUGCGUGUUGGAAGGAUUCGCGGUCACAUAUUUCGGGAUUGUGGCUCUCUGGUCCUUGGCAAUUUUGGCCUUUGAACGGUUCUUUGUGAUAUGCCGUCCACUGAAGAAUGUGCGUCUGGGGGGUCAUCAUGCUGCUCUGGGCAUCCUGUUUGUCUGGAUAUUCUCUUUCAUCUGGACCAUCCCACCCGUGCUUGGCUGGAGCAGCUACACCCCCAGUAAGAUCGGCACCACCUGUGAACCCAACUGGUAUUCCACAAACUACUAUGACCACACUUACAUCAUCACUUUCUUCUGCACCUGUUUCGUCCUACCCCUGGCUGUAAUCAUCGGCUCCUAUGCCAAACUCAUGCAAAAGCUGAGGAAGGUGUCCAAUGCACAUGGCAGGCUGGGUAACACCAGGAAGCCCGAUGGUGAGGUGGCACAAAUGGUCAUCGUCAUGAUCGUUGCCUUUAUGGUGGGUUGGACGCCCUACGCCGUGUUCUCCAUCACCGUAACCGCCUAUCCCACAAUCUAUCUGGACCCACGACUCACUGCUGUACCUGCCUUCUUCUCCAAAACCGCUGCUGUCUACAACCCAGUCAUCUAUGUCUUCAUGAACAAACAGUUCAGGAAGUGUCUGAUCCAGAUGUUCAAAGGCAGCAGUGCUACUCGGGAGACCAGCAUGAGGCAGACCUCUGACCGCGGGGCAACCGCAGAAAGCCACAUGGGCGAGAUGUCCACCAUUGCUGCUCGCAUCCCCCUGUCAAGCUUGCCAGAUGAGAGCUCUUUGUCCAGCUGCACAGCUGAGACCAGGAAGGAACCCCAAGAGUUCAGCUUGUCCACCAAUUUGUCUGUUCCCCAAAAAAAAGUCUUCCCCAUGUAGGAAAACAGGACCAACUCCCCCCAUGCACACACCCACUAUACCAUCUGUUCUGCUAUUCCCUGCUAUGCCCUGUCCUGUCACAGGAUGUCAGUGAUUCUCUUUUCUCUUUUGUGCAAAGUUCAUACUCUCCUGACCGCUGUCCAUCUGUAGGCAAGGAACAGAGGUGACCAGGGGAAGUAUUUCCCACAAAGGAAUCUAGCAGUGUCUCUCACAAAGAUCCACUACAAAUAGCUGUUACAUAUCCAUGUGUCUGAUCAAAACACUGCAUGCUGCAAUCACAGUUGUCUACAGUAAUUGUGAAAACUACAAAAGAGAAUUCUGUUUCAGUAUUUUUGAAACAUUUUAAACAGUUUAAACAUUAAAUCCAACUAACAGAGACUGACUCCUCACAGCAUAUAGCUCUCCCAUCAGCUAGCGAUAAUGUCUGUCACUUGUUGGAGCUUGUGCACUAGUCCUAGAGACCACAGUCAGGCUUUGUUACACAAAUAGCCAUCUUUGUGGCACCCACACUUACUGUGUAAAAUCCAUUCAAUGAGUAAUUGUGUUAUUUUGUUCAGAGCUAUAAUGCAUUUUAUGUCCUUUGUCUUUGGUGUAUUACAAUUGUUUCUCUUCUGGAUGUUCCGGUGUUUCAGAGUAGCUAAAUGUUUUUUGUUUUUUUUAAAUUUUUUAUUUCUGAGUAGUGACUACAUGUGCAAAGUAAAUAGAAUAAGACAGGAAGCAAAAGAGUCUGGAUGUAAAGUACGUAUUAUAAAAAGAUGAACUGUGAUUAUGAAAAGAGGAACUGAGCAAGGUUGUGCUUAUUCCUUCAGCUCUGUACAGCAGGACCUACUCUGCUCAACCCUUGUGUUCGGUUUGGGUCAAAUUGACCCGUAUUAAACAUUUAGUAAAAUUGUAAUGACACUUUUGAGAGAUGUAUUUCAUGACCAGUGACUAAACCACUGUAAAUUUGGUUCUUGUUUUGCGUUUCUAUUUGUUGUUCAUAAUCUGUAAUUGCUUUAACUUUU